AUGACUGGGUCAAUCGGUGAGAUGGCCAGCAGGCUCCUGGAGAUGCCCCGGGGCACCAAGACGCCGGGAUGGAUGCACACGUCCUUCCAAGCAAAGGACGCAUCGGUGCAGAUGCCGCCUGUGAUGCCCUUGCCACCGCCGCCCUCGGCUGCUGCUGCCCAGUGGGCCCAGCAUGCUUACACGGCCAGCACACAGGCGGCAGCGGCCAAGGCUGCAGCAGCCAAGGCCGCCGAGGUGGCAGCAGCGCAAGCAGCAGCUGCCCAGGCUGCCGCCACUCAGGCGCAAGUAGCACAGGUCAGUGCGCAGCAGGCUGCAGCAGCGCAAGUGGCGCAGUCCUUGGGCUACAAUGUGGCUCCUGUCGGCGUUCCCACAGCGGCCGCCUAUGGGGAUCUUCCGUCUGCGGCACCACCGUAUGGUCUUAGCUCUCCCAACCCCAUGCCGGCCUCACUGGCAUCAAUGCAUCCGCUUUGGAUUUUGCCGGCGGCCUUUGUGGCCUCUUGCCUCGAAGGAGCACGGCCUGGAGCAAAACCCAAGCCAGGGGAGUUCUUGCCGUCGGUUCCCGCGGACUUCAUCAGCGAAAGCUCAAAGACGUGCUUUCAGCAGUACUCGAGCUGGGGAGAAGACGGUGCAAUGUAA